CAGGCAGAAGGGCCUGCGGAGUGCUACGAUUGAGGGGCUUUAGACAAGCCAACGGCGGGUCAGGAAAUCAUGAAAUCAGCAGAGCAGAGGGACAAUGACAUGGAGAUUAGGGAUCAGUUAACCUCCUCCUCUGGGUAGCCGGCCUGUUUGCUGACUGACCGUGACUUCCUGCUUUUUACAAAGGCGUGCACACGCUAUGGAGCAGGCACAUUCUAAAACACACCUUGCAGCACGAAUGAAAGUCAACCACUCUCACCCUUUCGCUCCAUCAUGCAAUUACACAGGCGGCAGUCGCUUUGGCACCGCGUCCACCCUUUGCUGUACGUAAUAGGCGCAGCCAAGCGUCCGGCAGCACACUGGUGACAAAAAAAAAAAAAGACUGACUUCACAACUUGGAUGAUAUCAUCUGACGGCUUGGCAACUGUCCGAGAAUGGGAUGAGAGCAAGGUGAAGGACGAAACGCCUUGUUUCAAAAAAUGUUUCUACCUGGUGGCUUUGACGCAUCUAGACUCUGACCUCACCUGGUUUAUUGCUCAAGAAGAGACUUUCAACGGCAGUGCACUCGGAUUGACCCACAGAGAAAAUGGGAGUUGGCACACGGAAGGAUUAUUGACGAAAAGACCAGAGCUGGAAAGGACUGAAAAGAAAAGGUGGAUACGCAUCCGGAUGGAAAAAAAAACUCGAUUGGGUCACCGAGGAAAACCCAAUUUUAUCUCGGUUGGUUUACAUCCCCGGCCUGCGUAUUGAAACCUUCUCUGCAACAGUUGAACAAGUCCCGGCAUGUCAUGCUCGUCAGUGUUCCGCUGUGAAGCACAGCCAAGUUUCAUGGCAGUUUGAGUAUGCGAUCUUGGAGUUCAAGUAUCCAGUAUUUGCUCAAGAACACAGAUGGCAAUGAUGCUUUCAAAAUGUCAUAUUCCCAGCGUUGACUAUUGAACAAAGAAGGACAUACAAAGGGGUUCUACGACUUUGCUGGACAAACAAAAAUAUUUAAUUCUGUGUUAAACACUGCCAAGAUGCCACUUAGAGCAUCCUUGCACAGAAAGCCUACUGGCCGUUGGUCAAGCAGACACUCAAAGCGCAGAGAGGUUCUCUCGGUCAACAUGAUCAGUCUACCGCUGGCUGAUUUCCGACACAUUUCACAUAUUGGAAGUGACGCCCAUAGAGACAGCUUUGGAGACCUUUCCUUCCUAAAAAUGGGCCAAGGUCUACUUCUCCAAAGCUCCCAAAGCGAGCAAAAUCUCUUCUCGGCCUGCUCGCCACCACCAAAGCCCCCUCGUCUGAACAUGGAGGCAGAGGGCUCUGUGGAGCAGCAGGACAAUGGCAGCCAAAAGAGGAAGAAAUGCAACUCGAUGCCACUGCUGGACAGCGAGGAAGCUGACACUAUAUUGGUGGACAGGCAUGAAAAGGGAAACAACAUUGCGACCACUCAGUUUUCCAGAGCUGGAUGGGGCGACCUGAGUGCAGACAUGAAUGGAGACUCCUCGGCGGCCGGUGACAAAAUUCAAGAGAAACAAAAAGAGGAGGACAAUGGCUUUUCUUUUAGCCUCGAUCUGGGCCCUUCCAUUUUGGAUGAUGUUCUGCAGGUGAUGGACAAACUUCAACACUGAGCGAAAUAGCUCAGCUCACGGUACAAAGAUUGGGUAUUCCGCUUAACAUUUCCUCUUUGCUGAGAUAUUGUCGAUGUUGAACUAUGCAUAUGCAUUGUACAUUUUCACCUUUGGUGUACUCCCUUUAAUAUUUCUGUUAUUCCCCAAACCGCACUGUACAAUACUUGACUGCUGGUUUGGCUUAAGCAGUGUAGCGUUUAGAAAAGAAAACGCUGCAGCUGAAACCCAAGGUCCUGGAACUGCGAUGCCUUGGCGUGCUUGGCAAUCUGCUGUGAGCAGAGGGCAAUUUUUCCUCCGCACGCAUCUCUGAGGCCCCACUCAAAGGUAGACCAAGGUACCCCCCAUCUCUUAUUCCUAACAAUGUCGUGAAAACAAACACUUAGCUCUGCUUCCAAUAAAAGUCAUUGCCAGCGGUGGCAGGUUUCACUAUAUCCCGAGCCACGCCACGGGUCCAAGAUCUCAGUGAAUAGAGAAAAAAAAAUGGAACAGGCUGUUUUCUUAGCUGCAAACAGAGUCCCGCACUCUGGCGAAUGACACACAAGAGGGAAAGUGGUCAAUGGUAAAGUGAUACCUCCAUAUAUGUGCGGGGUGUUAAGGGAAGACGACCAGAGACCAGAGACGACCAUUUCAGCUGUGAAAGUCUUGAUGAGGAUUUAAACAACACGGUGACCAAACAAACCUCUGACAUGAAAAAUAUAUGGUUGUAAAUCGCACAUGAAAAAAGUCAAAGAAUGCAGGCAAAUGUGGGCACAUGUGGAAUGAGGAAGACAAGACACAUCUCCAGCCAGUCAUCUUUCAUAGCGGAUAGAAAGAUGCUUGAAACCAGUUGUGGGGUAAAGCCACAAUGAGCCACAAAGCAAAGUACCACGCGGGUCAUGAGUGGACCACAAGUGGCAAAGAAAAAGACUUCUGAAUUCUGUACAUGUCCAACAGAAACAGCAAUGCUGUGGGCGCGCCUGCCCUGUAUCUGUUUGGUUUACCCCUAUUGGACUGAGCGUCCGAUUGUUUUGACAUUUUGAUUUCAGAAAAAAAAACCACAUUGUGAAAUGCUUCUCUGUCAAAAAAAACUGUACUUUUUGGUAUUCUGGAGAAGUAAAGAAAUGCAUAUUUGAAAUUCCUGCAACUGAUGGUUUUGUGGCUCAAACUACCCUUUGUCUGACACUUUGUCAGAGGGGAAAAAAAUCUAUUGUGGCGAAAUUUGUUCUUGUUUGACAAAUGAAUGAAAAUGUAAGAUUUGUAGAAGCAGAAUAAAGGCGCUUCACUUCAGUAUUUAGUCUUAUUUGCAGUGGUGCGGGGUAAGACGAAAAAAGAAUGUGAAUGAUCAUAACAUGUGGUGUGAUCUGAAUAAACAGAUUUGGUUUCAAUUCAUACCGCACAAACAGUAUGUAUGGUUUUUUUUUUUAUAUAUUUAUUGAAAAUGUCAACGUUCACUGGACAGAAAUGAAAAGCAAGGUGAACUCUUGGAUGCAAUAAUAUGGUUAGUCUC